AUGGACACUCAGAGGACUGCCGAGACUAAUCCAAGACGUUCAACACCUGGAAAUACCGGCGUCCAUCGAGUCCAAUCUCAAACACGAGGGCACAAUAAUUCUCCAAUUUCAACUGCCAACCGCCCCUCAAGAAAUCCCCGUGGACAGCAGCUCAGAGAUCACUUGUGUAGUUUCUUCGACAGUGACGCUAGAGACAAGCGAGAACGCGAGCAAAACAUGACCAAUCUGUAUGCCAUCCAGUUGCAAGAUGCGCACACAACGAUCCACCGACUGGAACAGGAGAUUGCUCGCUUACGAGAUGGCGUCAAUAUCCAGCUUAUCCGACUGCAAGACGAGCACACUCGAGUGCAAGCCGAACUUCAGAAGACGAAGGACAAGCUAGAUCAGGCCCAGAGGGACCUGUACCAGCAAACAUCCGAGAACACAAAUCUGCGCAGCAAGUUGGAAAUCAUGCAGCUCCGAAUGGAGGUGCGAGGCGGUACGAUGAUACACCAUCAGCAACCUCAAGGUGGUUUUUACGGCUCAGGCUUUAGUGGCCCAUCGAGAAUGGGAACCGGUGGAUUUCCGAGUCAAUCAACCGAGCCCCGUUACAUGGGCAGCGAAGCAGUGUUGCCAUCUGAGGCAAAUGAAGCUAUGGGGCAAGAUGUUUUUACCUCAAGUAUGCCCGCCCCACGAAGUGGUACUUCUUUCGCCGCCGAAUCGCUCCGAGCCCGUCACCUUACACAAUAG